AUGUGCGGCCGUAGAGAAGAUGACUGGACCUAUCCCAGCUGUGGAAAUGUCAAUUUUUCAUUUAGGACAACUUGCAAUAUGCGUAACUGUACACAACCCAGACCAGCUGAUCAUAAUUCAAAAUCUGCUCCAAGGCAAAUGCUGACCCCACAGGGCUACUCCUCAACUGGUGCUUAUACAGGGUCUGCUGCACCCGCUUCAAUGUAUGUCGGUGUACCACCGUAUGGUGCAUCCCUGUUUAAUGGAACAUCUAUGCUGUCUUAUGAUGCUCCAUUGUCUGGUGAAUCCGCUUAUCCUUACGUCUACAACAAUCGCUUUGCUAGAGGGAGCCUCUAUCGACCUCUGCAAUUUUCUGGCACACCUCCUUAUUCUGGUAGGUCCAUCAACCAUUAG